GAUGCACAAUGCACCUAAAAUCUUGUUAAACUCUUUUUAAACGCUAUAGGGUAAAUGGUGCUAUUGGUUUUUGAUAAACUGUAAUUGGUAAACUCUGGUUGGAUUCACUUUCUGUAAUUCUGCAUUGUAAUUUGAUUUCAUGUCUCCAUUCCUGCACUGAGAUAAUCACAAUGAAAGAUUUGUUGAUGCACCAACUACUUGCUAUUGUGUUUCUGAUCAGCAAUGACAACCAACAGAACCAGAAAUAAAGGUACAAAAGCUGUCACUGAGACGUCAGGUAUUAAAAUCAACCAUUUAUGUACAAAGGUGUACUUUUUGAUAAGGCACCACCCAGGGGCAGCUUAGUACCUUAAUUUCAGAGAGUGUAGCUCAAAUUUUUUUAUGCUGGACAGUCCAGCCCUGCUGUUGUGCCGCUCAUUGACUGUGAGAGGUGCUGUUGCCCAGGGAGACAACAGUGAGCAAAGCACAACAACUGCGUAUAGGAGGCAUUGCGUCAAACGGCAUAGAGAAAAGACGUCGAGCUGUUGUUUGUAAAUUGGAAGGGCUCGGUUUGGAAUCUUCUUAACAAUACAGAAGAGAAUUGUUUAAAUGCUCGAAUAUUUGAAAACUGGACGUGUAUGACUGCAUUUUGCUUGGAUUACUACAUUUGUAGGAUGCAGGAUAACAAAGGACUCCAGUUGAGGCGGUGUGUAAAAUGGCAAGCAGGAUACUCCAUUUUCCUUUUAUUCGUGCUGAGCGCCGUGACCGGGCAGAUUCGUUAUUCGAUUCCAGAGGAAAUGAGACCAGGAUUGUUUGUUGGAGAUGUGGCGAAGGAUCUCGGUUUGGAUGUAAAAAGGUUGGUUUCUGGCCGUGCUCGUCUCGUUAUUGAUGACAGUAGACAAUAUGUCGAGCUGAACCGCAACAAAGGACAUUUGGUGGUAAAAGAGAGAAUAGACCGAGAGCAGCUCUGCGGACAGAAAUCUCCGUGUAGUUUCGGUCUUGAGAUUUUGCUUGAAAACCCUCUGGAAUUUUUCUCGAUUACCAUCGAGAUUCAAGACAUCAAUGAUCAUGCGCCCGUUUUUUCUAAGAAAGAAAUAAUUCUCGAAAUAGGCGAGUCCACACCUGUAGGCACUAUUUUCUUGUUAGACACAGCAACUGAUCCAGAUGUUGGUUUGAAUUCUCUUCAGAGCUACAGUCUGAAACCUACUGAUAAUUUUGCUUUAAAGCAACACAGUCGCUCAGACGGCAGUAAAUAUGCAGAGAUAGUGUUGCAGUCAGUGCUGGACAGAGAGAAACAGAGCGCGCAUUCACUUAUUUUAACGGCUAUUGACGGUGGAGACCCACCGCGCUCUGGAACCGUUAAAAUAGUCAUUACUGUCCUUGAUGCCAAUGAUAAUGCACCCAUUUUUACGGAAACCAUGUAUAAAGCAAGUGUUUCUGAGAACGCAGUAAAAGGUACGUUGAUAACUAAAGUAAGUGCAUCUGAUGCAGACGAAGGUUACAAUGGCAAUGUCACGUAUUCAUUUACUCAUAUGGGAGAGGACGCGGCGCACCUCUUCCAAAUCAGUGCAGCCACUGGUGAAGUAACACUCACUGGCAAUUUAGACUAUGAAACAGUUCAGCAAUAUGAACUUAAUUUGCAGGCUAAAGACCCAUGGGGUCUAACCGGUGCGAGUAAAUUAGUAGUGGAUGUUGUGGAUGUUAAUGACAACAGCCCGUUUAUAACAAUGACAUCUUUUUCGGGUAAAAUACAAGAGGAUUCUCCGCCCGGCACAGUUGUAGCUUUAAUAAGCGUCCAGGAUUUAGAUUCCGGUAAAAAUGGACAGGUCCGUUUAAGUUUAGAACAAAUGUCUCCCUUUGCAAUUAAACCAUCACCGCGUAAAUACUACACUUUGGUCACCGAUGCACCACUAGACCGAGAAAAGGUUUCCAGUUCUAAUCUAACAUUAAUUGCGUCAGACGAGGGCAGCCCCUCAUUAUUCAGUAAAAUAACAAUUUCUUUAGAUAUUACUGAUAUUAACGACAAUGCUCCAGCCUUUAGUCAACAUGCAUAUAAAACAUAUAUAUUUGAGAAUAACUCUCCCGGAGUUUCUCUGCUGUCUCUUCAAGCAACAGACCCUGACGCAGGGCAAAACGCGCGUAUCGGAUAUUAUCUGGUAGAUACAGAUGUAAAUGGUUCUCCUGUCUCAUCGUAUUUCUCUGUUAACGCAGAAAGUGGAAUUAUCCAUGUGGUGCGAUCAUUUGAUUAUGAACAGAUGAAAGAUUUUAAAAUACACGUGAGAGCGCAAGAUGGAGGGUCUCCCCCUCUCGGUUCAAAUGCUACAGUUCUCAUUAACGUUCAAGACCAGAAUGACAACGCGCCUCAGGUUCUGUAUCCGGUCCAGUCAGGCGCUUCUGUGGUGGCUGAAAUAGUGCCUCGUUCUGCAGAUGUGGGUUACCUGGUGACUAAAGUGGUGGCUGUUGAUGUGGACUCUGGACAGAAUGCCUGGCUCUCAUAUAAACUACAGAAAGCCACAGACAGGGCGCUGUUUGAAGUGGGCUUACAGAAUGGAGAAAUAAGAACUGUGCGCCAAGUGACAGAUAAAGAUGCUGUGAAACAAAGACUCACUGUUGUAGUGGAGGACAACGGGCAGCCCUCUCGAUCAGCUACAGUCAAUGUUAACGUGGCGGUGGCGGACAGCUUCCCUGAAGUGCUCUCGGAGUUCACUGACUUUACGCACGACAAGGAAUAUAACAAUAACCUGACUUUCUAUCUGGUCUUGGCCUUGGCCGCAGUCUCAUUUCUUUUCAUAACAUGUUUGGUCGUCAUAAUAUCUGUGAAAAUCUACAGGUGGAGGCAAUCGCGACUGUAUUACAAGUCCACUCUUCCAGUUAUUCCUUAUUAUCCACCGCGUUACACGGACACUAUUGGCACAGGAACUCUGCAGCACGCCUAUAAUUAUGAGGUUUACAGAACGACCGAUUCCAGAAGGAGUGAUUGUAAGUUUGUCAGACCUGCAAGUCAGAACGUGUUGAUGGUGGAUCCUAAUUCUACAUUGACAGUGCAGCGCGCGCCCAGCGAGAAAAACAUGCUUGAUGAAUUAGAUUCGCCGGUAGAGCAAAAACCACCCAGCGCUGACUGGCGUUUCACCCAGAACCAGAGGCCCGGGCCCAGUGGGGCUGCUGCCACUCCUGAGGUUGCCAUGGGAACAGGACCCUGGCCCAACCCCCCAACCGAGGCCGAGCAGCUCCAGGCUCUGAUGGCCGCUGCUAAUGAAGUCAGCGAGGCGACCAACACUCUGGGUCCGGGCACCAUGGGUCUGAGCACCCGCUACAGCCCUCAGUUCACCCUGCAGCACGUCCCUGAUUACCGGCAGAAUGUCUACAUCCCUGGCAGCACCGCCACCCUGACCUCCAACCAGCAGCAACCCCAGCAGGCCCUGCCGCCUCCACAGGCCGCCAUAGCCGCUGCCGCUGCCCAACCUGAGCCGCCCAAAGCCGCCCAGACGCCCGCCAGCAAGAAGAAAUCCACCAAGAAAGAUAAGAAGUAGAGAGUCGUAGGUUUAGGGAGGUUAAAAUAGCUGGAUGACUCUAUUCUGUGCUGUUCUGAGGUUUGCUGGAAAUCGGUAACUGUUUAGAGAAAAAAAUUAGUGUAAAAAUAAGACAGUAUGUCAAUGUAAACCCCCUUCUAACCACUUUGUCUAUUUCACACAUGCAUUUGUUUUAAGUACUGUAAAAUUGUUUCCUGAUUCAUUGGACGUUCACAUAUUUGGAGAGAAAUUUGUUUUUCAUUCUCGUGUUUGCCAAGUUUAUGCAACUUCUAAGUGACACUAUACUCCUGCGUAUAUCAAGCCAAUAUUGUAUUUACCACAGUACUUUACCGUGAUCAUGUUAAACUGACAUCUGGACAGGAAGAGGAAAUGUAUUCUUAUAACAAUCACAUUCUUGUUUCUACAAAGACACAGUGUCCAGUGCUGUGGAUGUUGCAAUGUUUGUAAAAUGCAUCAUGGUGAUUACUUAACUUUUUGUUAUUGUUUGCUAAAAUACCACUAUGGACUCUUUUUUAAUUGAUCGUUUUAGGAGAAGUGUUGAUGUAGAUGCAAGUCAGGUGAUUAUUGCUGCAUGCUGUUUUUUGCGCUAUAGAUAAUCUCCAUAUCACCUGACAUCUAUAAACACCCCUCUUACCUUCUCACAGUGGAGGUUAGCAGUUAAACCAUCCGCUUUUAUGAUGAUUUGCAUUUGCUUUUAAAGAAUGGAUCCCCCUGUGUAUCACUGAGCCUGAGUUUGGUUGUUGUUGCUUUUUUGUAAUGUUAACGGAAUGUUUAUGGAGCAUUAGUGAAGACCGAGCCAUAAUGAGAGCGUUGUAAAACCAGUCACAAGUCCACAAGUGCCCGCAGUGGCAUAUCAUCCUUAGUAUUCAGUAUUUCCAGGUUAUCCUGAAGUGUUGAAGCUCUUUAUCAGCGCUGGUUGUACUUAGAUGGGUUAGUUAUGAUACUUUCAGUGAGUGUCUGUUGUUUUCAAAACCUCCUGACUUUGUAAUUUGCUGAUCUAGGCAGCAAUCAAGCUCAAGAAAUUACGGAUGGAAUAUGAAUACUGUUAAAAUCCAAUACCAGUUAGGAUUGAUGCUGUUUUAGGAGGCAACUUGCCCUCAUUGAAUGUGCAACAAGCACAGUAACUGUCAUUAGAGUCAGUUAUUAGAACUUUGAAAGCUGGUUCUAGAAAAUACUUAUAGUGCUAAAAUUUCAUCCAAAUGCUGGUUCCAGUUCACUUUCCCUCUGAAUACAACAGUUCUCAUACCACUGGCAUGACGUUCCUUUGUAAAUAGAAAUUUGCCCUUAAAAACCCAUGAUAUUCAGCUCAAAAGGAAUGGCUUACUACUGGAAUGUCAUUUUAUUUUACAAAAAGAAAUGCACAAAAAUAUAAAAAUGCAGAAAAAGAAGAAAAAAACAAACACUUUUGACACACUUACCAAUGUAGUUCUUUAGUACUAUGAAGGCCAACUAACGCACCUGUAAAUAAAGAGUUUAACUUACUUAUGAAAAUAAAUAGUGACACACUCUUAGUCUAGAAGUUGUGAUGUUAUGCAUAUAUUUUUGUGUUCAUCUUCCUCUUUUCCUGUCACUUUUCCAUGAGAAGACACAAAAAGGAGGGCAAAUAGACCUAAAGUCCUCCGUUAUUAAUUUUGUGCUCUCUGUCAUGCUUACAUGUGAAAAUGCUUCUUAAUGUCUAUAUGAAGAAUCUGAAUAGAUCUAUUAUCUGUGUGUGUGCUGAUGCUGUAAUCCUGCUGUAACAUCUCUGAUAAGACGCUUUGAGUCCCGGCUCCUGUGUGCUACUUGCAUUUUAUAUGCUAAUAUUUAUAUUGCUGUAUUAUUUUUUUGUUUCUUUUCCUGAACACUGACAUUUCAAAUAAAAGGUUCUCAAAUUA